AUUAGUAAAAAGAAAGAAAAAAAAGGUCAGACAGCAACUUAGGGUUUUGAGUCUUCGUGUAAGAUGGAGCAACUAUCGACAUUAGAUUCUUUUUUACCCAGGGAUCUAACCUCUGAGAUUCUCUUAAGAUUGCCUGCCAAAUCUGUUGGGAAAUUUCGUUGUGUGUCGAAGCUUUGGUUAUCAAUCACCACCGAUCCAUGUUUCAUCAAGUCGUUUGGAACUACACGACCAAGUCUUCUACUCUGUUCAAUACAAGGUCACAAUAUGUUUGUUACUCCUUCUAUCAGGUCAUACUCUUCUUCUCAGCCUUUUUAUCCUUAUCCUAUGAAAGUUCUAGGAGAACAUUGUUACUUCCCCCAUAUGGAUUCCGUGCAAGGUUUGAUCUGCAUUGUAGAUGUAGACUCCCUGAAGCCCCUAGUUUGGAACCCUACCAUGGGCCAAUUAUUAGUUUUACCAAAACCCAAAUUGAGCUCUAGACAUAUGAACGUGUUUUUAGGAUAUGAUCCAGUCGAAGGUAAACACAAAGUAGCAUGUUUUCCCCAAAGAAAACCAUGCCAUGUCUGCCGAGUUUUUACCUUGGGAUCAGGGCAAGAAUCAUGGAGGACCGUCAAAACUAACUUUGAGCAUAGUGUUGCCGUUGCUUCUGGUCGAUGCAUCAUGGGGGUGAUAUAUUAUCUAGCUUUUAAAAGUCAAGGGUCUGAUGCGGUUGUUAUGAGCUUUGAUGUGAGAUCUGAAAUAUUCCAUAUGAUAGAACUACCCUCAAGUAUUCAUUGGGAUUCGCUGAUAACUUACAAGGGGAGAUUAGCUUGUAUUGAUGCAAAUAAUGAUAAAAGAUUGUGGAGUUUGGAGGAUGCAACAGAUAAACACAAGUGGUCGUUUCAAGACUUUCUCUCACCUUUAUACAAGAUGUUUGAACUACAAGGUUCCACUCAUGCUGGUGAGUUUAUUUAUGUACCGUUCAACAAAUCACCUUAUAUUGAAUUGUACGAUCCGGUGGGAAACAGUUGGAGAAGACUUGAAUUUGAAGGACUCGAAUUUGAAGGAAUCUCAGACGACGAAUUUGGACACACUAAGGCUUUCACGAAUCACACUGAAAGUCUUAUGCCUUUGUAACCUUUAAAAUAGAGUCUUACGUCUUUGGAACAAUUUGUUUUUUGCUCUAUUUUUGUUUCGAUUUUAUUGAACUUUUUAUAAGCAUGAAUUGCUUAAGCUAGGAACAUUAGAAACUAUGUCUCAGAUAUAAUAGCAUCAGAUAUUGUAAUUUUUUCGACUUUCAAAUGGUCUGUAGAUCACAUUCUCAUGGAUAGAUUGAUCAUGAAAGUAAAAAAAAUAAAAAAUGUGAUCCCAUCUAUCCAUGAUCAUCGACGUAAUUUUUUGUGAAUUUCCGGUAAAACUCAAUGGCAGCCUGGUCCCGAAGGUGAACAUUCACCACAGGGCCAAUGCAAACAAGCUUGCAUCCAACUGCGUGAUUUGUAGAGGCCCACUGGGACAAGGCGGCUGCAGCGUUCAGGGAAAAAAGUUGAAAUCACACCUAGCUGCCCCUACCGUGCUCUUACUCACCACUGUCAAGCUCCACUCUCUUAUACUCAAACACUUCGGCAACUAGCACAUGUUACUAUGGAAAGAGGAGUUAUUAUGUUUUGUUAAUGCACUGUGUAGUACAAUCUUCUGCAUUCAGAUAACCACAGUUUUAAUUGUCUUCUCCAUGCUCAUGACGAAAGUGAGAGUCACGCUUAGCUCCAUGAACGCAGAACCAUCACCGGUUACUCUUGAUAAGGUGAAUGUACUAACCGUUAUCGCCCAAAAAGCAAGGUGAUUCAUGAACAUACAUGACUUAAACACAGAGCAAAACCAUAACCGCAAAGUACAUGGACGAUCUUUUUGGGAUGUACAGAAGUAGUAAGUAGUUGGAGACAUGAUUUGGUUUAAAAGAUGACGUAGAAGAAAGCUGAGGAUGAGCUGAACAAGUUAACUUUGUGUUACUGCCUUUUUUCUAUAAUGAAUAUCCGAAAUUCAAACAGCUUUUACUUGCUGUUACUUCCUUUUGGUUUCAGUUUGCAAGUAAAAGCUAUGCUUUAUAGAGUUUUCUUAUGCUUAUCUCUCUUUCUUGUGGUCUCUUUGUUUGCA